AUUCUUGUCUAUAUAUCGUCUAUGUUCACUGCAGUUCACUGUGAUUUUAGACGACAGUCUAAAUUAAUAAAUAAAUAAAAAACAUUAAAUGUUAUCUUUUACAGAAUAAUUUCUAAUUUUUAGUGAAAUUUUACAAAAACUUUUUUUUACAGUGUAUUAGCCGCAUCAUCGCAUUUUAUUCUGUAAUAGAAAAUUUCAAAAUAAUGUGUAACUGAAUUUACAAAAUAGUGUAGUGAAUAAUUUAUUGAAAAGUAGAAACCGUAGAAACAUAAUUAAUAUGAUGCAAUUUUAAUGUCUCUUUUUGGCAUUCAUUAUUUCAAGGUCACGGUCACUGGUUAAACAGGUUUUUCAUCUUACACGUAUAUUUUUUUAACAUUUUCAUUUCUGACAGAGAAUAUUCCCGAAUCGCACUCAUAUUUUAGUGUUUUAUCAGAACAGAAGUUUGUGGAAGUUGUCUUAAGAAAAAGAAAAUUUUUGCUCAUUCGUCAAGAUGAUGGCUUUGGCGAAAAUUGGAAAUUAUCAAAAUGUAUCCAUCUCUCAUCCGAUGAGUUGGGGAAAUUUCGUGAAACACGCAACUGUCAAAUUAUUUCCGCAUGGAGAAAAUAAUAAGAAUGAAAUAAUGUUGAAAAGAUUUCAUAUUUCGAAAGUACGUGAUUAUCCAGAGGCUCCAACUUUACGUUUACCGACGAAUGUCUCGGAAAUUUUCGGCAAUGAAACAUGUCGCUUUACUCAAGAGAGAAUUCGUGAUAUUUACAGUUCAACUGACGUUGUUGAGCAAUUUUCCAAUUCAUCGAAAACAAUAAAUCUCGAUUCACAUGUGGCUUCAUACGAUUGUUUUGGAACUGUUAGUUUGAACAGUUCAAUGCAGACGAAUGUGCCGAAACCCUUUAAUUCCAGUGGCAAGUCAAAUUAUCUAAAUAUGCCAGGAGGACAAUGGGCUCAAGAUGGGAAAUACAUUGCUGAGGAUAUGCAAAAGUCGCAUUACAAGUUUCAACUUUUAAAACAGUAUAAUAAGAAUGGCUUAUUUAGAAAUUCGAAUGCUUUCACAUCAGAAUCAAGAAAUUAUUCUACACAAUCAAAAACGAUAAAUAACUUGAAUGAAAAAUCAGAGAAAACUGCAAAAAUUCCUUUAAGAUUUACAACGAAAGAAAAAUUACAGAUGUUGAUAAAAGAUUAUGGGAAAACAAUCAUCGUCUUUCACGUUUCAAUAUCGUUAAUGUCACUUGGUGGUUUUUACUACGCUAUUUCUAGUGGAAUUGAUAUGAGUGAAAUUGUAUCGAAAUAUACUGGAAACAAUGAAGCAAUGACUAAAAUAUUGUCUGAAACAUCAACAUUUACAAUUGCUUAUACUAUUCAUAAAUUAUUUGCACCAGUCAGAAUAAUGAUGACAUUAUCAUGUGCUCCAAUUUUGGUAUUAUUUUUGAGAAGAAAAGGAGUUUUGAGACAUCCGGAUAUUGUCAAGAGACUUAAGGAGACUAAUUUAAAAAAUGAACUUAAAACGUAGUCAAAUAUUUUGUAUAAAAUGUAAAUUUUCUCAAUAAAAUUUUGUUAUUAUUAUUAAAAAA